GUACGACGACAUUAUUACGGCGAGACAGGCACUAUUGUCAUACAUUGGUCCGGCGAAAAAAGAAGACAUUUCAAAUUACGAAAUGGUAGUAUGCUCGCUAAUCGCGGAAAGAAGUCCUCCAAUAAGUCAUGUCGACAAUUUGAUUCCGACGAUGCGGCGAUUGCAUCCGAAAGAUGAAAUUCUAAAACAAGUGAAGCUUGGACGGACUAAGGCCACCAGUAUCAUCAAAGAUGGAUUUGGAAACGGUCUGAAGAAAAUGUUAGUCGAGAAACUAAGGACCACUUUCUUUUCAAUCGUCAUCGAUGAGACAACGGAUGUGACAAUCGAAAGCCAACUUGCUGUAAUGGUCCAUUACUGGGACUCUGCGGAGUUUAAACUAAUAGUGGAUGUCUUGGAUUUCGUCGUGUGUAAAGAAGCCACGGCAGAUGGACUAUCCGUUUCAGUUCUCGGCCUACUUGAGAAUUUGAAGAUUCCAUUCAAACGGUAA